CGUCGAGUGACAUUCACAGCUGUUUUCGAUUUUGUUUUGUUUACUCCAUGCAUAACACUUUUUUAAAUUUUUUAUUCUGUUAAAAAAUGAAUAAUUUCGGAAUUUUACGGUACAAAAACGCAAUACGCUUGUUUCAAAGCCCUCAAUUUUCCAUAUGUGAGCGUUCUUUUUCCUGCAUCUCUUCAACAAAUAGUUUAAGAAAACAAAUGUCUGGUGCCAGUAGCAUCACAACCUCAAGUGUUGGUGUUCUGCGAUUGCAACACCGUGGACUUGCGGAAGCCGCCACCAAUAGUACUGCAAUUAUAACAGAACAAGUGCACUCUCCGUUCACAGGCAUAUGGCUAACCCUGUCACAAAGUGCACCAGUUGCUUGCAUGCAGGAAGCAUUGACAGCGAUACAUGACUACAGCGGACUACCGUGGUGGGCUUCAAUUGUUAUGUCCACAAUGCUAUUUCGCACCGUAAUAACGCUGCCCUUGGCUAUAUAUCAAAAUAAAAUAAUGGCACGCUUAGAAUUAUUAGCAUUAGAAAUGCCUGCAAUUGUUGCCGAAUUGAAGAAGGAAGCUGCCAUGGCUAUGAAAAAGUUCAAUUGGACCGAAAGCCAAACUAGGCUAGUGUACAACCGGUCGUUGAAAAAGCAAUGGAAUGCGUUAAUUGUACGCGAUAAUUGUCAUCCGGCGAAAACCUUCAUUAUGCUUUGGGGUCAAAUACCAUUAUGGAUAUGCCAAUCAGUUGCAUUGAGAAAUCUUGUGCAUAUGAUGCCUGACCCCACAACGCUGCAGGCACAAAUUAUUUACACUGAAAUGACAAUAGGUGGCUUUGGGUGGAUACCGAAUCUAACGGAAGUGGACAGUUCUUACAUUCUUCCUGUUUCACUUGCUCUAAUUAACUUGGGCAUAAUAGAGUUGCAAACUGUAUUGCGUACGCGUCCCACAACACGUUUGCAAAAAUAUGCCACAAAUGUGUUUCGUUUGCUGACUAUUGCAUUGGUACCAGUGGCCUGUUCUGUGCCAUCGGCUCUUUGCGUUUAUUGGGUGGCUUCUAGUUGUCACGGUUUAGCACAAAAUCUGCUGCUGGCUUCACCUGUAGUACGCCGCUCACUUGGUAUUCCACUUACUAAUUCGGAAGUUCCGAACCCAUAUGAACGAAUGUGGGUUAGAAUGCAAACUCUUACAACAAAAACGGAAGAAAAAUCUCUAGAGAAACCCUCAAAUGUAACAAAAAGUGAAGAGACUCGUAAAUAGAAAAUGCUGUUCCUUAAAUG